CUACACGCAUUUUAAGCCCUUUUCAUCUCCAACGCCUGAAAAAAAGACACACACAAACCCCAACAACAAACCCAGAAGAAUCCUCUCAACCAAAGAUGGCAUUAAACAACAAUGUCAUAGGCGCAAUCAAUUUUGUUGCUAUGCUCCUCUCAAUCCCCAUCAUUGGUGCAGGGAUUUGGCUUGCAACAGAACCAGACAACUCUUGUGUCAAGAUUCUACAGUGGCCUGUAAUUAUUUUAGGGAUCUUGAUUCUAGUUGUGGGUUUAGCUGGUUUUGUUGGAGGGUUUUGGAGAAUUCCAUGGCUUCUCGUAUUCUACUUGAUUGCCAUGCUUGUUCUUAUAAUAUUGCUUGCUUGUUUGGUGGUUUUUGUGUACAUGGUCACCAUUAGAGGGCAUGGACAGCUUGAACCAAGUAGGGCAUAUUUGGAGUAUCAUCUUGAUGACUUUUCCGGUUGGCUUCGUCGGAGAGUUCGGAGUAAUUAUAAGUGGGAUCGUAUUAGAGGCUGUCUUAGUUCAACUAGUAUGUGUCCUGAAUUGAACCAGAGCUAUAGUAUGGCACAAGAUUUCUUCAAUGCUCAUCUUACUCCACUACAGUCAGGAUGCUGCAAGCCACCCACCAAAUGCGGGUACACAUUUGUGAACCCAACAUAUUGGAUUAGUCCAAUCGACAAUGCAGCAGACAUGGAUUGCUUGAACUGGAACAAUGAUCAAAACCAACUAUGCUACAACUGUGAUUCAUGCAAAGCUGGUUUGCUAGCCAAUCUGAAGGAGGAAUGGAGAAGAGCAGACAUCAUAUUGCUCAUCACUCUUGUUGCUUUGAUUUCGGUUUAUUUGAUUGGUUGCUGUGCUUUCAGGAAUGCCAAAACAGACGACCUCUUUCGCAAGUACAAGCAAGGCUACACAUAAUUAGUAAGCUACAGCCUACAGCUUCCUGGUGGUGGUGCAACUGGGAUUUGUUUUUAUAAUUAUUUUAAUGUUACUUUUGUCUUGUUGUGGUCUGAUUAUUUCUUGGGUUCGAACUUCGAUGUUUUUGUGGGGAAAUUGGGUAGAAGGUAUGAAUGGGGUUUAGCGUGAUUUGCGGAAUGUUUGACUUCGCAAAAUUUAGGGUUACAGCUCUUUACAUGCUUUUGUCCUGCGAAUCACAGUUUGACGAAACAAAA